AUGAUCGCAUCCAAAGCUACGUCGGACCAGUAUGUGCUGUUCGAGUCGUUGUUUCUCUUCUUCGUGCAGCAAUUGAUGGACGAGUUGAAGCGGAUCUUUUGGGGUUUCAUCUUCGAGGACGAACAGAAGGACGGUGUCUUUUUGCAGGACAACUUGUGGAAUGCAGAUGAUUCGAUAGCAAGGAGGUUACGUGAGUUAGGAACUGGGAACUUGAGGGAGUUCUUGCCGGAAGAUAGUCCGAAGGCUGGUCAGCAGAGUCAAGAAGCGUCAGCGACGACAAAAGAAGAGACCAGGUCAGAAGAUGGCGCGGUUGAAGAUGACGAGGAAGUUCCUCCAGUGAAGAUUGAAAACAGAGUCCUACUGAUCCCGCAUCUAGGAGAUAUGAUGAACCGAGACGGAGAAGAACGGCCGAACAGAAAAGAGGACAUCCGCGUCUUCCGAUUAGACGUCAUCAUGUCCUUGUUCCUAACUGAAUGGGUACCUCUCGACA